CAAAAUGGCGGGACCGGUAGAUUGUUGACAUCAGUCGAAUUCAAUCACAUGUGUUAUUUUGUUAUAAAAUUGUCAGCAAACAUCUAAAAAAUGACUGACUUCCACUCUCCUAUGCGAUGUAUUUCCCCAAAUGCAAAAGUUCUUACCCCAAAACCCGAAGUUCAGCAAACAUUAGACAUUAGACAGACUCAAACUCGAGUAAGAAACAACAUUACAUGGUUUUUGGUCAACGGAUCAUUACUCAGUGUUCUUAUUUUUGAUAUUGUAUAUGGAGAUGCUGUUUAUAAGCCGUUUUUUUGGAUAGAAUGGUGUCUAGCAUUAAUUUUUGCAUUAAAUGCUCUCUAUCAUGUUGGCAGUUAUUUUGUAGCAAGUGUAAAUCUACGACCGAUUGUUCUUAGUCCACGGCAGAAAAAAUUAUUGGGAAUUUCUGAUGAUGAAUGCUUGUUUAAAACAACUACAUCAUCACCUACUAAACCGACAGAUGCAAUAACUCCAAUCAUGAGUAUGACGACGCCAUUAAAUCUCAGUAGACGAUCUCUUGGAGCUUCUGGACUCAAUGAGACAAAAACUUACUCAACCAGUCCUUUGUAUUCUGGACCUGGAAAAUACUCAGUAUCAUCAACGUCACCGAAAAAUUUUAAUAUAACUCCCAAUAAUUCUCUUAACAAAUCUUUAAAUAUUUCAAUGAAUGGAAGUUUAACUGGAGAAGGACUGAUUCAAGAUGAAGUGGAGUUGCAAAAUUAUUUAAAAGAUGUAACGGAGCGUGAAAAAAAAACUACACAUUCAACAAAUAUCGAUCAACCUUCCAAUUUAUUGAGUUCUUUUUGGUCUCAUCCAGCAACACGAAAUCCUAGUGAAGUAUCACCUUUACUCAGACGAUGUGCUUAUCAAUUAGCUCCUACUGUUGAUAAAGCAAAAUCAUCCAGUCCAGGAAAUGAAGAAGGAAUGUCACCUCGAGGAUAUUUUGGAGCUCUAGAUGUAUGGAGAAAAUAUCGUGUGGAUCCAGUUAAAGUGAAUCAGUGGACAGCAAAUUUACGAAUGUGGAUUAGUAAAACAGUUCUUGAACGAGUGAUAACGGAAAUAGAUAAUAUUAAUGCAGCAUUAACUCGUCAUGGAUUGAGUGAUUCUCAAUUAGGAAAUGUGGGAUUAGAUAGAUUACGUAAAUUAGCUCAAUCUCCCUUUUUAGUCUCGUGCAUUCCGACUCUACCAACAUUAGUGCCAUUUUUAGAAUUAUCUAAUAAUCAAGACUACUUAGUUAAGAGAAUUAAAGUAUUAGCUAAAGGCGGAUCAAUGAGCGAAUUCAAAUGGUGCAGUGGAGGUUCAUACAAUAGCAAGCCGUGGGAUAACAGUUUACCAACGGAUACAGCCAUUAUUAUGCACUUAGUGUCCUCGUAUAUGGACACUCAAUUAGAAGCACCAUUAGACCAGCCUGAUGCAAGACCGUUUACUUCAAGAUACAUCACUAAAAGUGGAUGUGAACUACCAAGAAAUAAGGGUCCUAUCAUUGUUUGUCAAUCAACUAACCCUCCACAUUAUUGUCUAGCUCUCACUGGAGAUUCUUUACCUGCAGAUUAUGAGGAUAUACCAAGGGGUCGUAAUAAUAUGUUCCAUACUCUUCUACUCUUUCUUUAUAUAAUAAAGACACGAGAUCAUGGAAUGUUGGGAAGAGUAAACUUGGGAAUGUCAGGAAUUAAUGUACUUUGGGUUAUUGAUGGAUAAUUUGUGAUUAUAAAUUUAAUAUUUAUUCAUUUA